GACACCAGAACGCAAGACAUCAACCAAGAGCUGCUUUCCGACGCUCGAUCACGCGUCGAUGCUCAGGAGCCAUGUCAGGGUUGCAAAACUUCGUCAGGGGCAACCGCAAUGGUCAAGCUGGUGGUCCUCAAUCUGGACAGCUACCAGUCAACCGUCAGCGAGUAGCAGCAAAUGCCAAAGUUCCCAUGAAACCGCAUAUUGCUCGACCGCCCACGUCACGAGAGCCUGAUGUACACGACGACAUCCUGUCUCAGCCUCCUUCUGUUUCUGCGCAACAGCAGCAAUUGCAACAGGGACCAUCAGGUGAAGGUCGCAAAAGUAAUGCCUGGGACACUGACACUGGAAGCAUCGACACAACAGUCAAUCAGUCGGUUAUUCAAGCCGAAGACAGUCAGCAGCAAGGCUACCGAUCGUUGCCGCCUGCCAGUGAAGAGUCUGGGGAUGGCGAAGACGAAGCGUCAGGGCUAAAGGAUGUUGAUGAAGACGACGUUGAUUUCUCAGAAGAGGUGGAAAAUUACCUGACUGCACAUGAUCUUGGUGAUGCCACCCGAGCAGCGCAGAUGCAUUUCCUACAGACCACCCAGCCGCAGUUAUUUCCCACAAUCGACGGUGAUUCAUAUCCUACAACGACUGAUGGUAACCCCACAGAGUGGGAUGAGCAACAUGAGCAUUUCGCAGACCUUGAUUCGUCACCGCGCCCUUCGGAACCUCGUUUUCAACAAGGCUUCGAUGCUACAAUUCUCAACCAGCAGCCUCUGCAGUCUGCUGCACUCCAUGCACCGCAUGCAAAUCCUGUAUUGCUACCGAAUAACGUUUGGUCGCAUGGCGCGCAAAUUCGUGAACAGCGACGUGCUGACAAUGCUGUACAAGGUCGUGAACAGCCCGUCCAACAUCAAGACCCAGCGCAUGAACCAACAAGUCAGCCACCCACAUACAGCCAGGCCACCGUCCAACAACAGUCGGCUGUGCCUUCGGCCCUACUUGCUCAAUCCGGUUCUAUGGUACAAGUCAAUCCGACUGGCCUUCAGCAACGAUCCUCCAGACUACCUGUAGAGCCAGAGUAUGGCCAUAACCAGGUUCCAAGAAUCGUAGAGCCCGCCCAUGCCUCGAGACACCUUUCGACGACACAUGCUCAGGUAGUACCUGUUGUUCAGCAGCCGGUUCAAUCUGCCCUCGUGGGCGCUCCAGAUUUCCCAGAUACCGACUAUGAUCCAGAAGUUCUUUCCAGAAUGAAUUACGAGCAGCUAGCAAACGAGACCUUUGACACAAACCCACGUAAGGGAGACUCUGAUCUCCCCGGUAACAUACGCGAGAAGCCUCUACCCGAGCGUUUACAGUUUGUGCAGCGGGAGCUCAAUCCCAACGCUCAAUCUGAUUUUUUCAGCGGGCUUUCGACCAGAGAGUGGGAGGAUGCGGGUGACUGGUUCCUCGACCAAUUCAGCGCUAUCAUCAAGAGGACCAGGGAGGCGAGACAGAAAAAGCGGAACAAAGCUCAAGACUUCGAGGAAGAAAUCGAAAAGCAUCAUCAACACGUUGCAAAGAAACAGCGCCUUGUCGAAAGUGCCAUGGCCAAGAUGCAAGCUCAAGGUGAAGGGCUAGUGCCAAAGAGCCCAAGAGCAUCCAAGAGCCCUCAGCCACGAAGGGGGUGAAUUGGUGUUUCCCGGAUAAAACAUUUAUUUUAUACGAAUGCUCAAGGUAUUCGAAGGAUGGACAAACAGUCGCGGGUCAUGAGGCGCAAGAGCGGCGUUACUCUUAGAGAUGCAUGUCUUCAUGUUGCCGCAAGGCUGCAAAUGUUAUAUACCCAUAUCUACGUACCCGAUAAGCAAGCCAAAGAAUA